AUGACCGACCCUGGGCCGCACGAAGAGGAUCCUCUCUCGGGUAUAUCGGAGCGCAUCUGCGACCAUAUGAAUAAGGAUCAUUACGAUGCAGUUGCACAAUUGGCCAUGUACUUUUUCAAGUUGCCAGAACUGCCGAGAUGGAUGUGCAUGCAGUCGAUACGAAGUACAGCUAUGGUAAUCAGCUAUUCCAUGUCUGAGGCACACGAUGAGGCGGAAUCAGUGCCGAUUUCAGAGACAAUUCCUAUCGAUCCCCCUAUCACGACGAUAAUGGAAGCCAGGAAACGGCUUGUGGCAAUGAAUAAGAUGAGCGAAGAAGAGAACGCCAAGCGGCUCCGUCAGCGUCUCCCAAAUGCAUUCAUCGACGUGCACAACAUGGACCGUAUCUUAUCGCACCUCACAGCGCUCUUCAUGCACCCUGUAUCUAUUGGUUUGCUAGCAGUAACGGUCAUGUUCCUAAUCAAGCCGCUUCCAGAAGAGCCGUCCAGAUCGUGGAUUGCCUGGCCUUUGCGCUGCCUGCAUACAUUCUACCAAAGCCAUUGUCUUUUUUUUGCGUUUCUUGCGCUUCUAUGUGGUUUUGUUGUAUCUUGUCGCAUUGUGCGCAAGCUGGAUAUGGCAUGGCAAAAUGCAGCGCCGGUCCCACCCCUUGGCAGCAUUCCAGCCUGGAUUCAGCAAAGUUUGACCACGGGGCCUCUGCCCAAACUAGACAGUACAUCAUGGCCAAACGAGACUGUGGUCAUCACUGGUGGAGCACGGGGUCUUGGCGCUGCGCUUGCAAAAUCACUCGCGGAGAAAGGCGCAUCUGUGAUUGUGUACGACCUUGCAAAAAUGACGGUGAAACACCCCAAUAUCUUCUGGUAUCUUUGCGACGUAUCCAAUGUAAACGACGUAUUUGCUAAAAGUGCUGAGGUUGUUGCGCAGCACGGUGCGCCAACGAUGCUCAUUAAUAAUGCGGGCGUACGCCAUGGAAGUCCGCUCUUGGACGAAUCCGUCGCAGAAAUUAGCCGCAUUCUCAACACCAAUACCAUGAGUCAUUUUUGGACGCUUAAAGCGCUACUUCCCUUCUUUAUUGAAAAGAAACGCGGGCAUAUUGUUUCUACGUCUUCCAUGAUGGGACACGUCGGCGUUGCGCAGAUGAUCGACUACGUGGCUUCGAAACACGCUCUCGUUGGCCUCCAUGCGUCGCUCCGCUCCGAGUUGGAUACCGUUUACAAAACUCCGUUUGUACGCACGACGCUGGUAUGCCCUGGACACCUACAAGAAACGAGCAUGUUUGCCGGCAUACAAUACAAUGUGUUUGCGCGAUUCUUUGCGCCUACGGUGAGCGUACAGCGCGUCGUCGACCAGAUCGUGCACAGUUUGGAACACCAGCAAAGUAGCGUGAUUUCUAUGCCAUGGUACGUCCCAUGGGCGCCAUUGUUGCGCACGUUCCCCCAGUUUGUACAGGACGGAAUUCACAAUGUACGCAAUACACAUGAAAACUAA